GAGAAUCUGCGAGAGUGAUAGUCCGCGCAUGCGAAACAGCUGUGCAGACUGCAGGGUAAAAGUUCAAAGUCCACCGAUGUUUCACCUGUACCUGCUGUCCUUGCGUACGUCUGUGGGCAGACUUCAAACUUAAGGGCUGGGGGACCGGAGGGCUUACACUUGAUUCACGUUUCUUCAUAUCUACGCCAAUCUGAACUCUGAGCACCACAAUGGCACCACUACGGCUACCAGUUUCACUGGGCCAUCUCCGACAGUACCUCACUCUCACCAACAAUGGGUGUCUGCACAGAACUGUAGCAUCUUACUCCAGGGUACAUGCAAAACACCCAAUUGCUUACCAGCCGUCCUUGGUGCAGAGCAGAAGGUUUUGUCUUCAGUCCAGAUCCCUGCAGAAGGAAGAACUAGAGCUGACCAGUGUACGGUACAAUGUACAGAGGGGAAACUUUGCAAGAAUAAGCAGCGAAGAUGUGGCCAUGUUUGAGAAGCUCUUGCCUGGCAGGGUGAUUGCGGAUCCUGAGGAGUUGGUGGGAUACAACACAGACUGGCUCCGCAUGUGUCGUGGCAACAGCAGGCUGCUUCUCAGGCCCAAGACAACAGAAGAGGUAUCAGAGAUCAUGAAAUACUGCAGCUCCCGUAACCUUGCAGUGAUGCCACAGGGAGGGAACACGGGCCUUGUCGGUGGCAGUGUGCCGGUGUUUGACGAGAUCAUCAUCUCCACGUCUCUUAUGAACAAAAUCAUCAGUGUGGAUGAGAUAUCUGGUACGCUGGUGUGCCAGGCAGGCUGUGUUCUAGAGGCACUCAGCACACACCUGUCUGAUGUCGGACUGAUGAUGCCUCUGGACCUGGGAGCCAAGGGAAGCUGCCAGAUUGGUGGGAAUGUCUCCACCAACGCAGGGGGUCUGAGGCUGAUGCGGUACGGCUCGCUCCACGGAAGUGUGCUCGGGCUGGAGGUGGUCCAAGCAGACGGUACUAUCCUGGACUGUCUGUCUACCCUUAGAAAGGACAACACUGGUUAUGAUCUGAAGCAGUUAUUCAUAGGGUCGGAGGGCACCCUUGGUAUUGUCACAGCUGUCUCAAUCCUGUGUCCCAGGAAGCCACAGUCUAUUAACCUGGCUAUUCUCGGUGUCAGCAAUUUUCAAAAUUGCUUGAGGUCGCUGAAGGAGGCCAAAGGAAUGCUAGGAGAAAUCCUGUCAGCAUUUGAGUUCAUGGACAGCUCUUGUAUGGACUUGGCUAGAAGUAACUUGAACCUAACCAACCCUAUCAGUGACAAGCCAUUCUAUGUACUGAUUGAGACAGCUGGAUCCAACGGUACCCAUGAUGAAGAGAAGCUGAACCUUUUCUUAGAGAAGGUUCUGGGAGAAGGUAUUGUGGAGGAUGGCACUGUAGCAACAGACAGCACAAAAAUUCAGUCCAUCUGGUCUAUCCGUGAGCGGCUAGCAGAGGCAUUACUCCACGACGGUUAUGUGUACAAGUACGACAUCUCUCUCCCCCUGGCUAACUUCUAUGAUCUUGUAGUGGACAUGAGGGAGAGAGUGGAUGACCUGGCCACCAGAGUGGUAGGGUAUGGUCAUCUCGGUGAUGGGAACUUGCACCUGAACGUCACAAGCCCUACAUACGAUCAUGAACUUCUUGACAAGAUUGAGCCGUUCAUUUACGAAUGGACAUCGCGGUACAAUGGUAGUAUCAGUGCAGAGCAUGGACUGGGAUUCAAGAAGAAAGACUUCAUCCAUUUCAGUAAGACCCAGAAGGCUGUAGAGCUCAUGCAGCAGAUCAAGGACUUAAUGGAUCCGAAGGGCAUCCUAAACCCAUACAAAAUGCUGCCUGAUAAGUAUGGGGACUGAAAUUGUUUCUUGUGAUUAGACUUUUCCUGAACAGUUGCUGUCAAGCAGUGGAAUAACUUUAUAACUGGUUUAUGACUGGAAUUCAGGAAGUAGAGAGCAUAGGGUUGCACAGUUGAAAAUAAACAUUUUCAAUGUAUCUUUUUUUUCUCUAAAUUGUUUUUGAAGUACAUUAUUGAAAAUCAAAUGUAUAUUAUUAAAAAUUAAACAUCAUUGGAAUGUAUUCAGAAUUUCUAAUCUAUAUACAUGCACUAUUUUCAGCUCAUAAAAUUGUAAAACUACAAGCUUCUUGGGAUUGAAAAUUUGACAAGUAAUAAAGAAUGUAAACAUACUAUAUUUAUAUCAAAUGAAGGCAAUUUUUUUGUUAAUAAUGGUAAUGGAUAUUCAAAAACAAUAUAUUUUGUAUAUUUUGAUAUAUGUUUGUAGAGCAAAAACAAAUAAAACACUAAUACACAGGCAGUUGUACAAUUUUAUUGUUUGGAACUGUAAACAUAUUGAAUGAUAAGGCUACUAGUAAUACAGUAUUGUAAUUGUCACUGAUGUUACCAGCAUUGGAAUGUGUCAUUAUUGCUGUAACUACAGGAAUGCAUGAUAAAAAUGGUCCAAUGAAAAACAGUUCUCUUUUUUGUAAAUGUACUCUGAUGAAGUUGUCAUUACAUUUACAGGUAAUUCUCAUGCACUGCUGUAGCUCCUCAAAUUGGAUUCAAAAGACACAGAUUUCUGUUUAAAUGUAUUGCAGUGUGGCUACUUCUGUAAAAGAAAUUCUGACAUGGUUGUAAAGUUCUAUCCACAUCCAAGUAAGAUUUGCAAUACAUGCUAUUUUGAAUUCUGAAUAAAGCUAAUACAG